GAGUGUUGGUCGAUCCGCGGCACGAUGUCGGGUGAACCGAAGGAUGGCAACGGCGAGGGACAACGCAGGGCAGAAGAUCUAGCGGGCAGGAAGGAAUUGUCGGAUGGCACUGUGGACUCAGAUGUGUUCACUGGCGAGCAAAAAAUUGAGCUUGAGCAGAUGAUGAAGCAGCAGCUGGCGCAGACGGAGGCCAUGCUGCUGAAGUACCUAGGCAAACACGGCGCGAGCGAGAAGGAAGAGGGUGCUGACCGGGUCAAAGUCGGUCGGAGAGCCAGGGCGGAGAAAGAAGAGAAUGGUCUCAAGAAGAAUGGGACGAGUGGAAAAAAGGCCAAGGGCGGCAGGUACGAGAGCGACUGGAGGGACCAGAAGUGGGAGAAGGGCGACUACACUGAUCCGGAGGCCCUCAUGGGCUGGUCAGACUAUAGAUUGUGGCGUCGCCGAGUGGUCAGGUGGCUCGACCAGACAGACGUACCGCCGAGGAAGAGGUCCGACAAGAUCCUGAAGGUAUGA